CCAGCGGUGUGCUGUGUGUUUAAACCAGUCCCCUGGGGAGAAGAUUAGUAGCCCUUGUUUUUGAUAUUUACAGAGACAGAGGCAGGUAAAAGGACAGGACCACAGAUGAGGGCCGUCGGGACGGGACACAGCGCCGUCAGUCUGGACUAAAAGAGGCUGCAGGAGUGUGCCAGACGGACACGUUAAGGGGAAAAGAGGGGAACAGCUCCAGUAAUACAGAAAGGGAGAGAGGGAGAGAAGACAACAGACUGACAGACCAGACUCAGAUGAAACUGUGUGACGAUGACAGAGCCACCUAGUCCCCUGCCCAGGACCUGUUUUCUGACAGAGCCCAAACAGGGCUCAGAAACAAGUGGCCGAUGUUCCCCCAGGGGCCGAAAUACUCAAGAGGAUAAUCUAAACACGGUUAACUAUAUUCAGCGCAGCUCGUCUUUACAGACCCACAAGCCCCUGCCACCGGUGCCCUUGCCCAGAUCCAAAUCCUAUUUCGAGCCCCCCUCCGAGAGUCCUGGCUGGUCUCGGAGCAGUCACAAUGAGGAAGGAACAGGCCUGAAAUCAGAGCAGAACCACCCAGACACAGACAGAUAUCAGACUCUACAACCUGUCCGGCUACCACCCCCUCUUCCUCCCCCCAAGAACUGGAAAGGGCCUGAGGCCCCUCUCCCAGGACAGAACUCCACCCUGCGUUCUGGUGACGUGUAUGACAACUUGGAGAGUAACAUGACGACAAGCCUGAAGCUUUCUGUUGGAGAAAAAGACAAAGAUGGGCCACACCCCUCGCCACUCACAACCCCCUCCCCACUACGGCCUCCGCCCCCUCCCCCGUCACGCCUACCUCCUCAGCGGCCACCCCCGCCAGUGGGGCUGUACCGCUCUGUCUCAGAGCAAGGACAUAUCCCCGUCUACCUGGAAAUAUUGCCAGAGGAGACGGCCAGUGAUGAGGUCUCCAAGAGAAAGAAGAUCCACAGUUUUUACUCCAAAAGACCACUGCCACCUUUACCCCGAUCGGCGUCACACUCUGAGCCACUCUAUGAGGAACCAGGCUGGAAUUCAAGCAACCAGUAUGUGUGUAAAGGAGACCAGUCAACUGGGGACAAUGAUCCGCUGAUGCAGUGGUGGAGCACAGUUGUAGAGUGGGAAAAGAUGCCCUUAGGUUACGGGCUCAGCGAAGAGGAGAAAACAAGGGUGUUCACAUUAACGGCCUACAGAGUGAAAAUGGGACUCCGUGUCUUCGACUACCUUAUGUCCUCACGUGGUGAGACGCUAAAAAACUACCUAAUAGAGCUGAGUGCCAUCGCAGACCACCUGGACAAAAUUCGCAGCAAAUCCAAGAUCGCGGCCAUCACGGGGGGCACGACAGGGGCGAUCGGAGGGGUGGCGGUCGUGGCCGGCAUCGCCCUGGCCCCCGUGACCAUGUGCGCCUCUCUGGUGGUGGCGGCCGUCGGCGCGGGGGUGGUGGCGGCCGGCGGGGUGACGGGGGCAUCCGCCGCCAUCACAGACAAAGUGAACAACAGCCUGGACAGGAAGAAGGUGGAGAAGAUCCUGCAGGACUACGACAGCGAGAUCCUGGACAUUGAGAGGUGCCUCGCCUUUGUGGCUGAAGGGAUGGAGCGGCUGAGGAGACGGGAUGUGACCAGCUUGCAAAAUGUGGAUCAGGAGGCCGUGAAGGUGGCGAAACUAGCGGAGGUAGCCCACACUGACACCAGCCCUGAGAAAAACACCUGGCAGUCCUCGGGGAUCCUUAAUGGAUUUGCCUCGGGCAUGGACUUUUACUUCAUUGAGGGUGACACCAAGAAGCUGAAAAAGGGCACGGAAACCAAAUUUGUGAGCAAGAUCCGCAAACUCACCGAACAGCUGCAGGAGGGGCUGAACAACAUGAUCAAAAUACAACAGACUUUGUGCUCAGCAGCCAACAUGGUGGGUGUUGUAAGCGGGGAAAAAAAAUCUUUGUUCAUAAUCUGAGUGUGUGC